AUGACGGAAGACAACGCUGAAGGCCAGGAAACUGCAUUGAGCAGCCAAAAUUUGGUCAGUGUGGAGAUCACGCUUCCGAAGGAUGUUCUGGGUGCUCUGAAGCCGUUGACGGUGAAAAUGGCCGAGUCAGACACCAUUUCCGACUUGACUCUGACUCUCGGAUUGCUUAGUUCGAUGCGAGAUUUGACCAAUUACUAUGUGUUUUACCGCAAUACGAACAUUUCCGAGACUUUUGAUGAAUUGUGUCCCAUUUCUGAGGUUAUUUCAGCUUUAAGAGUGGAAUCGCAGCCAAACGUCAAGCUUGAGUUACGUCAUAAACCGUACACUUUGGCAGCAGUUUACGAACACUUGAACAAGUUUCGGGAGGUUAUUGGGUUGCACUUUAUUGACAGAAGAGCUUUUGAAUUGGGUGAGUUGAGCGGAGUUGGAAAAUUUGACCAAUUGCAAUUGUCGCAAGUUCCCGACCAAAAAGAAGACGAAAAAGAAAAGGUAGACUUGGGUGAAGAUGACAAGGCAAGUAUAAGUUCCAUUUGUGACAGAAUUUUGGACGAGACAAAGCUCGAUCUUCUGGAAUAUGGAAAAUUUUACGACAUUUAUUCGGACCUUCAGGUACCCAUAAAAUCAUUGACGAUUUCGCAGUGGUCACCAGUCUCGCCCAAGGAAGCAGUCCGAGGCGAUUUGUUGUAUUUGACGUUACAGACGUUGGAGAACGACACCUACCACAUCACCUGCCAUCUUUCUGGAUUUUUCGUGAACAGUUGCUCUACUGUCAAUUUCAAUCCAGCUCGCAAACCUUCCCACGAACCCAAGUUUCUUUUCUUUGACCUUGUCAGUUCGUUGUCUCCAGCGUUUGCCAAGACAAUUGCCCGCAACGAAGAGAUACUUGCGAACUCUUCUCGUUACGCAGAAUCGUAUUUGAUCCCAUCGCAUACCAGUGGUUCCUAUCCAUGGCUAGUAGACACUUCUGCUAUUUCUCGCAAGCCAGACCAGUCUCGUCCUCAGUUGCUGAUACUCAACAACGGUGUGGAUGGCUCGGAUAACGUCAAGGACUGGAACGAGGACUUUCAAGCCAUUCGUGAGCUUCCUUCUGGAACUGUGAACGAACGUAUUUUGAGAGAACGUUUAGCCAUCAAGUUGGUUUCCGAGUUUACGAAACAGGCCACCGAGACUGCCGUCAACAUUAUCAAGGGAAAUCUUACUCCAAUGAACCCCAAUGAGCUGGUUGAGCAACAUAUUUAUAUGAGAAAUGGUAUCUUUUAUUCUUCUGGAGUAAAUGCUACUGGCGCAUUUGACGAAACUGGAGGUAAUGAGGCAGCUAGAUAUGCUGCUGCUAAGGAUUUGGCUGGUGUAAAGCUCUUGAACAGAAUUGAUGCCAAGGGAAUAUACCACUUGGCUACCUGUGUCGUUGACUAUAUGGGUAGAAGAAUUGUGUGCCAAGCACCGGUUCCAGGAAUUCUCAAUGAUCCAAUUGUGGAAAGCGACGAAGCUCCUGCUGAUAAAGUGUGCUACGGCUUACUGACGGAUGGCACAAAAGUGUAUUCGGAUUCUCAAUUCCACGAAGCGUUGAAGCCAAUCGCUGAGGCCUUCCAUAUGAAGCCUCACAAAGUCACGUUGCCUAAUGGAUUCAAGACCAAGGAAGACAUUGCUCUUUCGAAGGAUUCUAAGGGUAUCAGAGGAACAGAUGGAAGAAACUACGUUAUUGAUCUUUACAGAAGUACUCCGCUUGACAUUGAUUUUAUUGAGAAACACUGGAGACCUGAACACAGCGACUCUUAUCCUCACAGAGAAACUGUAUUGAGGCACGAAGCUGUAGAGGAGUGGUGGAGAAGACGGGCGUUGGCUAUUUUCAAGAGUGAAACCGAGCGUUUGGAAGCAGAACAAGGUGCAAAGAAGAAUGAAGGAGAAAGCGAAAAACCUCAAAUUUUACUUGAUGCUCAAAAAGUUCUGUUUAAUCCUGAUGCAUUCACCCACGAUGAAGUCGAUGAAGAGGACAAGGAAGUGGUGAGAGAAAUGUCCCUCUUUGUCACAAAACAAUUGAUUGAAGAGUUUGUUGAGGAAAGCAAGAAACAAUUGUGUCCAUUUGAUGGGUCUCAUUUGUCUUCGUUGUUGCAUAAAGCAGGUAUCAACUUGCGGUACCUUGGUUUAAUUGCUACAAGAGCUCAAGAGUCGCUCGAAGCUUUUGAACAGGAGGAAAAGAGCAAGAUUGAAGAUAAUGAAAAAGCCAUUGAGGAAGAGAAGAAAGAAGAGAAGACUGAAAAGAAAGAAGAGAAAGAAGAGAAAGCCGAUGAAGAGAAAUCUGAAAAUGAAGAAGACAAAACUAAACCCGAGGAACCUUCGAAGGGUGUUUUCGAUCCUAUUAAAGCCAACUUGAACUCCGUGCGCUUGUUGGCAAUCCAGGAGAUGAUUGCUAGAGCUGUCAAACACAUCUUCCGUUCUUUUGCUCAUACACUUUCAUCUUACUUACUUCCAUACUUUGUGGCUCAUUUCCACAACUGUCUUUUGGGCUCGCAAGUUCUGAGCAAACCAGAGAUUUCUAUCGACGAAACCCUUACAGCUUUUGCCGACCCGGAUGCAUUGAGAUUUAUUACGCUCGACCACCAGCAGGUUGUGUCCAUGGUGGAAGAGGAAGUACUUUUACGUUUCAGAUUUGAAUUGCCUGAAAAUUGGAUUAACGCCGUGUCUCCUAUCACAAUGAUGAGAGAAAUAUCUCAUAAAUUUGGUAUUCAAUGGAAGACACAGGGCUACGCAUUCACCGCUGAAGGAUUCAAAGAGUUUCAACAAAGCACCGAAAACAUUAUAGUGCACAAACAAAAAUCAAGCAAAAAGCUGAAAAAGAGGUCUCUGCCUUCGGUUGAAGAAGUCUUCAAGCGCAAGACGAUUUUCGUGGCCGAUGACAUUAUUUCAUUUACACCUUCUGUCAAAAGUUCCAGUUACAAGGCUACUUUAUUGGACGAGAUUUUCGAAGCAGCUCGCGGAAAGAUUGCAGCAGAAGAAAAAGAUUCCGGUGUAACUUUGUUGAAUGAACUUGUUUCAAUCUACGAACAAAUUUAUGGUGUCGUUCAUCCGGAAACGAGCAACUUUUACAGUGUUUUGUCUCAAUUUUACAGCGACCUUGGGUUCACUACCGAAGCAAGCGAAGUGGCUCGCAAAGCCUGUGUGCUCUUUGAACGUACUGCUGGUUUCGAUUCCUUUGAAACCAUAUCCAGCUACAUCAAUUCGGCGUACUUUGAGGCUGCAAAUAGCAGCUAUGUGAACGCUUUCAAGUUGUACGAAAAAGCACUUGGAGACUGGGACUUUGUUUUUGGGUCUCACCAUCCUUCUUCGGUGACCACGCUCACGAACUUGGCGGAGAUUCUUGCUCAAUUGAAGAUCACGGACAAGGCGAACAGAUUAUUUUCUGCUGCUCUUGAGUUGUCUGAAAAAAUCAAUGGUGAAGAUUCUCAAAUUACAGCGAUGAUUCACUACCGUUUUGCCGGAACUUUGGUGAAUGAAAACCGUUUUGACGAAGCCUUGGGACAUUUCGAAAAGGCUCAUACAACCUUUUCUAGACACAUUGAUCCUAACGACCGGUUGACGAAGGACUGUUCCAAUUAUGUUGCCAAUCUCAAGACUUACAUUGCCUACAUGAAGCAACAAGCAAAGGACAAAAAUAAACCAAAAAAGGUUAAAGCACCACCAGUGCCUCCACAAGCUACUACCAAAAAGAGCAAGAACAAGAGCAAGAUGGCGCAAACCCAGAUCCUGAAAUUGCAUCUCAAUCUGUCGACGAGAUUCUCAAGUUCAUCGAGGGUAAAACCAAGACUAAAAAAAAAGUAA